AUGGACUACAUGAUUAGAUUCACGCAUGUCCAUGAGACCUUUCGUCUUCCAGAAAUCCGGGCUUUAGCAGUUCUUCACGGAAUUGACCUAGAAGUCCUUUCAUACAGUCCAAGCUCACCUUUCUGCUUUGUGAAGCUUCAAUCUGAAGAGGCUGCUGCGAAGUUAAUCAGGCGGAGCAUCCUCGCUAAAGCAGUCUAUGAAGUUUGGGGAAGUGCUUCCAGCCACCAGGAUCUUCAUCUCAAUCUUCGCAAUGUAUCCCAGCAUCUGUGGCCCUUAUACAAAAAAUCCUCUUUCAAAUUUUCAGUCGAUUCGUUUCAGGGUGCACGCUCUAACGCAGCCCAACGAGAGCUUAUAGAGAGCCUCAGUUUUCUUGAGUUUGAAGGACCGAUCAAAAUGAAAGGCGCAGAACAAGAGUUCUGGCUUUUCGAAGAAUGGGAGUUUCAGGCUCAUCGACGCGGAAUUUGUGAACCGAAUUCUGUCCAUAUGGGCAGAUUCGUCGGUGCAAGUGAUCGUGACUCUAUCGGUACGUACGACCUCAAGAAGAGGAAGUAUAUUUGCACCACAUCUAUGGAUGCGGAGCUGGCUCUAAUUACUGCCAACAUUACACUUGCUGCUCCAGGCAGACUUAUGUAUGAUCCCUUUGUCGGCUCAGGCAGCUUCCCAGUGGCUUGCGCACACUUUGGCGCCCUGGUGUUUGGAAGUGACAUUGACGGUCGAAGUAUCCGAGGAAAGGGGGGUCAAAAGCCCAAUUUGCUAACAAACUUCGCCCAAUAUGGAAUCACUGAUAUGUUUGGCGAUAGCUUUAUAGCAGAUCUCACAAACACACCACUGAGGUGUACGAGGGUGUUUGACGGCAUCUUGUGUGAUCCUCCUUACGGAAUUAGAGAAGGGCUGAAAGUACUGGGAAGCAGAGAUCCGACAAAGUCAAAAGAGCCAGUUGUCAGGGAUGGUAUAGCUCAUCACACCAUGGACGCAUAUAUACCUCCGAAGAAACCAUACAGUUUCCUAGCAAUGCUAGAUGACAUUCUUGAAUUUGCUUCUAUAUCACUGGUUGACAACGGUCGAAUCUCAUUUUGGAUGCCAACAUCUAACGACGAAAAUCAAGAGAUCAAGCCUCCUCAACACCAGGCACUCGAGGUCAUCAGCAUUUGUACUCAAGAAUUCAACAAAUGGUCGAGGAAGCUCAUCACUUACAGAAGAAUUCCGGAUUCAGAGGUCGUUGCAUUAGUGCAAGAAGCAAGAGUGGAACCCCAAGGAGUCAGCGCCGAUGAAUUGAAUCCAUUCCGCAAAGGGUACUUCAAAGGCUUCAAGGCUGCUUUCAGGUGA